AUGGGCGCGACUUGGGAAAUGGGGUUGGACCGACGAGAUGACUGCGCCUGCCCUUUCGAGGCUCCAGGAGAGGCUCCUCCCGUGUCGGAUCCUAAGAGCAUGUGUUUUGACGACUGCCUGCGUGCGUUCCUGAUGAGCCAGUAUGGACAGAGUGACAUCAACCGAGCCGUGUGCCAGAAUAUAUCAGACAGCGGAGGAGGAGGACCUGCGUUUUAUCCCCUAUACUAUAUGGACCAUAAAUGGUGUGGUCUGCAUUGGAAUGACCCGGCCGCUCUGUACCAAGACCCUGGUGUGGACAAAAUUAUCAAUUCUUGCAACAGCCAAGGCUUCCCACACUUUUCUGAUCCAGGGGUGCCUCCCGAAUCAUAUCAAUGCAACACGUGCUCCUCUUCUACUCCUAAGGAGGCGAACCCUUCUCAAGACCCUGGGCUCGGCGCACUCUCCGCAGGCUCGACGUCGACGGCCGUGGAUCCGACAACCACUGUAGACAGAUUGACUAGUUCGACGCCUUCCCUCUCAUCGAGCCCAACAAAAAUUGACACCACCGAAGCUCCCUCGACCCGUACAGCAACCCCUGACACGGACAGCUCACUGCCGACAUCCACAGCCACGACACUUGCCAUCACAUCCAGGCGCAACCUUCCUACUGAGGCCAUAGUUGCCAUCGUGGUGUGCACAACGCUGGCUCUUGUGAGCGCGGUGAUUCUGUUGAUUUGCGUCCUUCGCCGGAGGCAGAAACAGCUAGGAGACAAUGAUGGCGACAUGAGAAGCCGCAUCAGUAGGAUCGUGCAAGGCUUUGCUGCGCCAGCUGGCUCUCCACAGCGUCUGAUCUCGCCUUCGCAAUCAUAUUGCACCGACCGACCACCUCUGACUCCCCCUUUACCACUGCGCGACAGGAAGCUUCUCCCCUCGUUGCUGGGGCCAAGCUCGCGACCCGGUUCCAUCGUGUUUGGCACGCCAUUUGAGACACACCACAGUAAUAACAGUCAGAGCAGCUGCUACAGCAGUCACAAGCAGGAUGACAGAGGGUCUUUCCCUUCAUCUCCGAUCUGUAGUCCAACAUACAGCAGACUUGAACCACGACAGGAGAAGAUGCACCAGAAAGCGCCCUCUGUCGUCACCUCCGCAGCCUCGCCCCCGCCGGAGCCCUCUUCGCCCCCAUACACACGGCUCAAGUCACCUCCACCAGUGAGCUUCACAUUCCCUGCAUACAGCCUGGAGAACAACGCCCACCCAGUCUCUCCAUAUUCAAAAGGACGGACAUCUUCCCUCAGGAACGAGAUAAUGUCGACGAGAUCCACAACGAGCAGCGACUAUAACACGCACGAGAGGCACCCCAACAGCACCGGCACAGCAACCAUCUCUCUGUCAGAUGCCGCAGACAACCCCUCGACCGCGAUAUCCACCAACCCAUUUGCGCCCACCCCGCCGUCGUCGCCGAUCCGGCCGAGGCGGCCCCACGAGGGACCCCUAGAGAUCCCCGACCUCGUCAGCCCGGUCAGUAGCCCGAGGUCACCAUCGCCUGGCCCACCGCCUAGCAAGGCCUUGCCUCCUCCACCGCUGUCCCUCCGCUCGAGCCCCGUGAACGUGGGGAUCGGGAUCGCCACGACCACGGGUGGUAGAGCUGGAUGCGCUUCACCACAGGGCCGACCGGACCGUCAUCACCAGCGCCACCAACGCCACCAGCGCCACCAUCAGGGCUCUGCAGCUGCCGGGGGGAGCCGGGCGGGGAGCCGGGACAGCUGGGGGAGCUGGGAGGACGUCACUCCCACGUCUCUCAUCGGCAGGGCGAUAUCGCCGCCGGCGGGGCGGACCAUCUAUCCUUAUCCUGACAGUUGA